AUAAGCGCUGAGGCGGCGCUGGGGCGAGCGGAGCACAGGGCUCAAGGGUGGACCCGGCGCGGAUUGAGCGCAGCCACCGCGUCCUUUGUGCCGGUUGACCGCCCCGGGAUGCGUCCGAGCUAGGAGCCAGGUCCAGGAUGGGGGCCAUGUCUGUCUGGGUCUCAGGCCUCCUGAUUCUCCAGAUGCUGCUCUUUGUGGCUGGGGAACAGGGCACACAGGACGCCACUGCUGCUGCCACUGCCGAGAAGGGGCUCCACAUGCAGAAGGUGGGGUCUGGGUCGGUGCGGGCUGCGCUGGCAGAGCUGGUGGCCCUGCCCUGUCUCUUCACCCUGUGGCCACGGCCAGGUGCAGCCCGAGAAGCUCCUCGGAUCAAGUGGACCAAGGUGCGGACUGCAUCAGGCCAACGGCAGGACUUGCCCAUCCUAGUGGCCAAGGACAACGUGGUUCGAGUGGCCAAGGGCUGGCAGGGACGCGUGUCACUACCUGCCUACCCCCGGCACCGGGUCAACGCCACCUUGCUACUGGGGCCACUGAGGGCCAGCGACUCCGGGCUCUACCGCUGCCAGGUGGUGAGGGGCAUCGAGGAUGAGCAGGACCUGGUGCCCCUGGAAGUGACGGGUGUUGUGUUCCACUACCGAGCAGCCCAGGAUCGCUACUCGCUGACCUUCGCUGAGGCCCAGGACGCCUGCCGUCUCAACUCAGCCACCAUUGCAGCCCCGCGGCACCUGCAGGCUGCCUUCGAGGAUGGCUUUGACAACUGUGAUGCCGGGUGGCUCUCUGACCGCACUGUUCGGUAUCCUAUCACCCAGUCCCGUCCUGGUUGCUAUGGUGACCGUAGCAGCCUUCCAGGGGUGAGGAACUAUGGGAGGCGAGACCCACGGGAACUCUACGAUGUGUAUUGCUUUGCCCGUGAGCUGGGGGGCGAGGUCUUCUACGUAGGUCUGGCCCGCCGCCUGACACUGGCCGGCGCGCGUGCCCAGUGCCGCCGCCAGGGCGCUGUGCUGGCCUCGGUAGGACAGCUGCACCUGGCCUGGCAUGAGGGCCUGGACCAGUGCGACCCGGGCUGGCUGGCCGACGGCAGCGUGCGCUAUCCGAUCCAGACGCCGCGCCGGCGCUGCGGGGGCCCAGUCCCGGGCGUGCGCACCGUCUAUAGCUUCGCCAACCGCACCCGCUUCCCGGCGCCGAGAGAGCGCUACGACGCCUACUGCUUCCGAGCUCAUCACCCUUCAUCACAACAUGGAAACCCAGAGACCCCGUCGUCUGGGGAUGAGGGGGAGAUUCUGUCAGCAGAAGGGCCCCCCGCCCAAGAACUGGAGCCCAGCCUGGAGGAGGAGGAGAUAGUCACCCCAGACUUCCAGGAGCCUCUGGUGUCCAGUGGGGAAGAAGAGCCUCUGAUCUUGGCAGAGAAGCAGGAGUCUCGAGAGACCCCCAGUCCUGCCACUGGGGGCCUCACACUAGCCUCAAGGCCUGCUCUGGAGGCUGAGGAGGUGUGGCUGAGCACGGUGUCCCCCGCCCGCAGCAACGUGGAGGCAGGCACUGCGGUGGGCAGGCACGCAGAGGCAACCCCAGCCAGCCCCAUGCCCAGGAGGAGGGGGCGCUUUAAAGGGUUGAACGGGCGCCACUUCCAGCAACAGGAACCCCAGCGAGGGCUGAAGGGCGCGCUCCAGGCCAGCGUCCAGCCCCCCACCCCAGAGGUUGCUGGGAAUUACGUGGAGCCUCCCCUGGCCACAGGAGCCACUGACGCCUUGGGGAGUGGCCGGAGCCAAAGCCCCUGGGCUGUGCUGACCAAUGAGGUGGAUGUGCCUGGAGCUGGUUCCCCUGGUGGCAGGAGCCCCCCAGAGCCCUGGCUGUGGCCCCCAACCAUGGUCCCACCUAUCACCCUUGGCCUGGAACUAGAGGAAGCCAAGGGCCCCAGUGUGAGGCCAGCCACCCCCGACCUGCCCUGGUCCUCCUCGGAGGCCACUGCCUUGGCUCCCAACCCCUUGAAGGGCCCCAGCACUGCCCGCUGGGAGGCUUCUCCCACAGUCAUUUCUCCAGACCUCCCUGUCAUGGCCAUGCUUCGUGGCCACAAACUGUGGCUCCUGUCACACCCUACGCCCCUCCCCACCGAUGCCAGUGAGGUAAAGGGGUAUAAUGAAGCCAUGGCCGCUGCCCCACCCUCCCCUGCCUCAGAGAUCGAGGCCAGCCCCCAGGAUCCCAUCCAUCCAGAAGUGUAUUCCCUGCCCUCUUCCUCGGGCCUGAUGGGACAAGGUGGAGAGGCCACAUCCCUGACACUCAGCAGCCCUGGAGAAGGAAGUCCUACGGCUCCUUUGCAGGCAGCUACAGACACACAAGCUGGAGCUGGUCCUAACUCCUUCAGAGCAGACUUCGGAAAAACUGGGGGGACCAGCCCUACUGGGCUCAGCAAAGCUGAGCCCCCCAGAUCCAACCCACAGGCUUCUGUGGAUGGGAAUGUGGUGGCAGCCGUCACUCCCACUGAGACUGCCACUGAGCCCAUGGGAGCCAGAGGCGUCUUGGGGUCUGAGUCUGCGGUCUUCAACACAGCAGAGACCCCCACUUCCAGCUUGCAGGCCAACAUGGAUGAGGCACAGGGCAUGUGGCGGUCACUGCACAGUGAAGGGCUAGACCCCCAUUCCCCAUCUGCGCCCUUGGGGGUCCCUAGGGUCUCCUUGAUGCUCAAGGUCACCCCGCGUUCGGAGCCUUCGGCUGCUACAGAUGGAGGAGCCACAGUGGCUCCCAUGAAUUCCAUGGCCACACUAGACACCCGUGGUGCCGGUGGGAAUUGGGAACCUGGAUCCCACGUGGUUGAGGGAGCUGAAAGCCCCACCUUGAACCCUCAAAUGGCUGUGGAUACAAGUGUGGUGAUGUCCCUCAUGUCCCUGGACCUGGGGGACAAGGUUGGGGUCCUGGCCAUGUCCACAAUGGCCUCCUCAAACUCCCAACCCCAUCCAGAGCCGGAGGGCCAGAUGGUGACCCAGGGCACCCUGAGAGGCUUGGAGCCUCCACGUGAGGGCAGCCCCUCAGGGGAGCCCGCUCUUCCUCCUUGGACACCGACGGCAGCCAGCAAGGACAAGCCCAUUUCAGUUUCCUCGGGGGAGCCUAUAGUGCCGUGGGACUCCCCCAGCACCCUGCUGCCUGCCUCCCUGGGCCCAGAGGAGUUUGAGCUGGAGGUCCUGGCGGGGAGCCCGGGUGUGGAGAGCUUCUGGGCGGAGGCAGCAAGUGGAGAGGAGCCAGCCCUGCCAGGAACCCCUGCAAAUGGGAGUGCAGAGGAGGUUCCCUCGGAUCCCUGUGAGAACAACCCUUGCCUGCAUGGGGGCACGUGUAAAGCCAAUGGCACCAUGUAUGGCUGUAGCUGUGACCAGGGCUUUGCUGGAGAGAACUGUGAGAUCGAUAUAGAUGACUGCCUCUCCAGCCCCUGUGAGAAUGGAGGCACCUGCAUCGACGAGGUCAACGCCUUCGUCUGCCUUUGCCUCCCCAGCUAUGGGGGCAGCCUCUGUGAGAAAGACACAGAGGGCUGUGACCAUGGCUGGCACAAGUUUCAGGGCCACUGCUACCGCUACUUCGCCCAUCGGCGGGCAUGGGAGGAUGCCGAGAGGGACUGCCGCCGUCGAGCCGGCCACCUGACCAGCAUCCACUCAUCUGAAGAACACGGCUUCAUCAACAGUUUUGGGCGUGAAAACACGUGGAUCGGCCUAAACGAUAGGAUCGUGGAGAGGGAUUUCCAGUGGACGGACAACACGGGGCUGCAAUAUGAGAACUGGAGGGAGAACCAGCCCGACAAUUUCUUCGCGGGUGGGGAGGACUGUGUGGUGAUGGUGUCACAUGAGAGUGGGCACUGGAAUGAUGUCCCCUGCAACUACAACCUCCCCUAUGUCUGUAAGAAGGGCACAGUGCUGUGUGGUCCCCCUCCAGCAGUGGAGAACGCCUUGCCCAUCGGUGCCCGCAAGGCCAAGUAUAAUGUCCACGCCACUGUACGCUACCAGUGCGACGAAGGAUUUGCCCAGCACCAUGUGGCCAUCAUCCGAUGCAGGAGCAAUGGCAAAUGGGACCGACCCCAAAUCGUCUGCACCAAACCCAGACGAUCCCAUCGGAUGCGGCGACACCAUCACCACCACCAACACCACCACCAGCAUCACCACCACAAAUCGCGCAAGGAGCGCAGAAAACACAAGAAACACCCAGCAGAGGACUGGGAGAAGGAAGAAGGGAAUUUCUGCUGAAGAACCAGGCAAAAGAAAGCACAAUCCCCUUCCCACACCUCCCCUGGAGCCUUCACCUGGGGAGGCAGAGCCCAGAGAGAAACAAGAGGGUCCGGAAGCCCCUGAGUCCCAAACCGCAUCCCCCCAUACAUAACCAUUUGUAAAAAGCUCCUCUCUCCUUUUUCUUACAUAUACAAGGUCCUCUUGGCAGGUAUAGCCAUGUGUCUGAAAAGUCAGUUCUAGUCAGGCUGAACUCUGGGCGCAUCUCUCAGUGGAGGGAAGCACAAUCGGCAAAGAUUAUUCUUUGCACUGGUUUAGUCUUUUGUUGGCAAGGCUGACUGCCAGUUGUGGAAAUAAGGCUGUGAUAAGGGUGCAAGAAUGUGUGUUUGGAUUCGCACUAAGGAAUUGCUUUUACCACCAGAGGUUCAGAUUUAGUAAACUGUCGGAUGUCCUAAAUGCAGGCUGAAGCCUAUAGUGAAGGUCACUGGCUUUGGGAGUAGAAAAUUACAUGGACGCACACGGCUUGAACUUGAUGACAGCUCUUCCUUCACCUUGGACUUCAGCCUAAGUCAGUCCUUAGUCUUGGUGGAUGAACUGAGUGUGGAAUUCCUAUGUAUUGAAUUUUAGGAAUGUUUUUAGAACAGCAUCCCUCCGUGCCCUCAGAGUUAGGGGUCAGAAUAGUCAGAGGAAUUUGUGGGCAAUGAGGGGAAGCUGUAUUGCUUGCCCUCUCAGGUCUAGUCCAGUGCUGAGAUUUGGUGGUUCUGCAUGUGUGGUGAAUUUUAUACACACACACACACACACACACGCACACACACACACACGCACACACACAGAUGAGAGGAUGUUUAGGGCUCAACGAACCCAGAUUUCUUCCCCCUCCAUCUCUCAGGGAGACAAAGAACCUCCCUCCUGGGCCAAGGAGGUGCCAAGUUUUCUAGCUCGUUGCCCAUAUCCAUCCCUCAAGCAGACAUUGGUAAUGCCCCUGCCAUGGGUCCCACCCCUACCCCUACUCUAUUCCUGUCUCCUCCAUUCAUCGCCUGGUGGACUAGAAAUGCUUAAAACUUGAAGUAGUGACAUCUACCUGCGGUCAUGUAGAGAGAUGUGCAGUGUUAAAACUGAAACACACACACACACACACAUUUUUCUCUUAGUUUUUUAAUUUUUUAAGCAGUAAAGAACUCACCUUGCCUUCCUCCCCAGAAUCUGAAACCUGUAAAAACUUUCCCCAAGCCGGAAGUCGGGAUUCAGCUUCCUGAUCUCUGGCAGGAAAGAGCCACAGCUUUUCCUCCAUGUCCUUUGUCCACUCUCAGCCUCUCUAGUCUGGGUAACAUCUGUGGAUUAGUGUUAAAAACCACAGUGGAGAAUGGCCCUCUGCAGGAAAGAAAAAUAAGCAAAUAUACAGUCCAUCUAAGGGUUCAGUAGAGAAAGAAAUGUGUUGGCUUAGCCUAUAUCCCUCCUGGGAAGUACUAAUCAUAAUUGACAACUAUGGAGUAGGUACCAUGCUAAGGACAUACACACACUGCCUCCGUGAAUCUUCUCAACAGCCCAGUGACUUAGGAACCAUUACUUUCCCAUUUUACACAAGACAAAACUGAGGCUCAGAUAAGAGAAAGGCACUGGCUUGCAAGACAGGAAUAAGGAUUCGGUCCUGCCUCUGGCUGACUCCUAACCCUGCUCUCUAUUUUGGGGGGAAGGAAUUGAAACAUAAUCAUGCUCUAACACACAGGAAGAUUUAGGAAAAGAUUGAGAAGUGCAAACUAGACCUGCAUCCUUGACCAUGGUCUUUAGUGUCCCCUGCUAUAGACAUUAUCCACUGUCCCAUGUUACGGUUAUUGUUGAGAAAACCCAGGGAUAUAGGUUUGCCUUCUAGGUUUGAUAAUUCCUCUUGGUUUAAGAAAUAUAAAAACAAUAACACAUCUUCAGUCAUCCAUGUCACAAAAGAAUUUUCCUUUGUUUGGAGUGGGGGGCUCUGGGGAUGCAACUUUUUUGGGGGUGUCUUGCUUUAUGCUCCUUACCCUUGACCACCUCAGCCCCUCGCCCUGCCCCCACCCCAGCUCCGUGGUGGGAGGGGGCUCUGAUAUUUUCUAAGGUGGGUGGUUUGUCUCUUGGUCUUUCCCUUUGAGAUGUGCGUGUGUGUUUGCGUGUGCCGCGUGUGUGGCAUGCGUGUGAGUGUGCGUGCGCGUGAACAGCUUUGGAUUCUGUUGGUUAUGCUGUCAGCUGCCGUGUUCCGUGGGUCUGUGGUAUCUGACACUAUGGACAUUAAUGUACUCCUUGGACAUUUUAAUAAAAUUUUUUAACAGUUCAA